AUGGCCAUCCUGCCCGACUCGGGCCACACAAAAGGCGCGCCGCCGCCGCGCGCCGCCGCCUCCAGCGCCGCCCCCUCCUCCUCGCCUUCCUCGCCGCUCGCACGCCCCACACCCUCGCCGCCCUACUCCACCGCCGCCAGCUACACGACGUACCACGACGCCGAGUCCGACUCACCCGCGGCCAUGCCCGACGUCGACUCGCUGCCGCCGCUCGCAGACGGCGCCCUGCCGCGCGUGCCGCCGCCCGGCUACUCGCCCUCCGAGGCGGACCCGCCGACGGUCGAGGAGUCGCUGCAGGACCUCGCACUCGCCAUUCCCGACAGCGAGUCGACUGAGGUCGGCGAGGCGAACACGGCGCCCUCCAGCGGCGUCAUUGAGAACAGCACGCCGCGCAGCGCAGAGUGGGCGCGUCUUCUGGGCCUCAGUGGCCAGGGCGUCAGUGCCGCCAACGCAGCCACUAGCAUGGGCUUCACUGCGGCUCGCUACGGCACAGCGUUCUCGCUGAACAUCGCCAAGCGCGUGGCGCAGACGCUCGUCGCACUGCCGGCCUUUGCGCUCGACGGCGCGCUGGGCAACGGCCUGCCGGACGGCACGCACGGCCGCGAUGCGCCCACUGCGUCGCAGACGGCACACGCUGCCGUCGGCGGGCUCUUCGACGUCAUCAGCACGCUCGCACUCGGCGGCAUCGACAUCGGCAGUGCGCUCACCAGUGCUGGCCUCGGCGCUGCUGGCGCGUCCAUCGAGGGCGUGCGCCGCCUGCUGGGCAGCGAGGUGAUGCGCAGUCUGAGCGCCUUCUCGCGCCUCGUUUCGCGCGAGUGGAACGUCGAGUCGGACCUACUGCCGCCAGGCGGCAUCCCGCACUACUCGACGCUUCGCGUCACGCAGGCCCUCACCACCUGGGUCUGCGUGCAGAUGGUCACGCGCGACUACUACGAGAACCGCAUGCUCAACGAACUCACCGAGCUCGACUUUACCGCCAUGCAGGCGGAGCAUGAGGCUGAGGCCGCCAAGCAAAAGGCAGCGUCGGAGCGUCGCGCCAUCGAGGGCUCGCCAGCGCCAGAGACCACGCCCGGUGCUCCCGCGCCCGGCCGUGGUCACGAGGCAGUCCGCAUCACCUCGGAGAACGCUCUGCCGGGAGCCGAGGGCGACAUCAUCGGCGCAGAGAUUGGCACGUCGCCCGAGGGUAGCGUCGCCGGCGACGUGCCGCCUGCGCCGGACAGCGUCGAGGACGCGCCGCACCCCGAGCCGCUCUCGCCCGCCGAGGCGCUGCAGGGUCUGCGCCGCUACUCCAAGCUCGUUCUCGGCGUCUACGGCGGCGUGGCACUCGCCUGGCUGGGUCGUCUGCCGCCGAACGUCUUCACUGCGCAAGAGCAGGAGCUCGGCAGCGUGACGGAUGGCGAAGCAGCACGCGUCGGCGGCGGUUCCGCAGCAGCCAAGGCAGCACGCGAUGCCGGCGCCGGCGAUGCGCCCAUGCUCGGACCCGAUGCGCCCUCGGUCUCGCGCCAGAACGACGAGAGCGAGUUCCUGCGCGCUGCGGCCGCCAUGGACCUCGACGACGCAGAGCUCGAGUCGAUCGACCGCGAGUAUGCGCAGCGCGAGCGCGAGGCACAGGUCCAGCCGCAGCCGCAGGGCUCUGGCAGCUCGACGCCCGGCGACACCAUGCCAGGCGCUUUCGGCUCGGCGCCCACGCGGACACAGCCCGCCAACGAGAUCGUCUUCUCGUCUGAGCCGGAAGCUCUCGACGGGCUUCCGGCCGCAGUUGAGACUGGUGCUGUUGCUGCCGCACCGGCCAAGCGGCCGACCGCAGGCGGCCCCUCGUACAUUGACAUCAUCACCGGCCGGCACGACUCUCAGCUCUUCCACUCGCUCGCCGGGCUGCCCGACGGCGCAGCGCAGGAGGGCAACUACGCCGACACCGAGAUUGGCAGCAACGGCCGUCCCGUCCGUGGAGCGCCGCGCGCCCCAAGCCGCGUCGCUCGGCCCUCGCAGCCGCGCUACUACGUCGUCGUCGACCAUCCGGCACGCCGCGUCAUUCUCGUCCUGCGCGGCAGUCUCUCGCUCGGCGACAUUGCCAUCGACCUGACGUGCGAGAGCGCCGACUUCCAGUGGCGCGAGGAUCACGGCGUCGAGAUGCCUUCGCAGACGCCUGCCACCGCAUCGUCGAGCCGUCUGGCAUCCGACGAGGCCAUGCCCGACUACAAGGACGAGACGGGCGAGACACAGCCGCGACUGCUGCCGCGCUCGGCUGACCAGUCCACGCGCGACAUCGUCCACGAGGGCAUGUACGAGACGGCCAAGGACAUCGGCGAGCCCGGCCGGCCAGUGCACCGUGCCGUUGCUCGGGCGCUGCGCCAGCACCCCGGCUACAGCCUCGAGAUCACGGGCCACAGUCUCGGUGCAGGCGUCGCCUCGCUACUCGCGCUCAUGUGGGCGUCGCCCGUGACGUGCCUCACCAUCCCCUCGUCUGGUCUGCCUGCAGGCCGCCGUGUGCACGCCUUUGCCUUCUCGGUGCCCUGCGUCAUGGGCGCCAAGCUGGGCCUGCGCUGCGCCAGCCUCGUCACGAGCUUCGUCUACUCGUACGACCUCGUCUCGCGUCUCAGUCUCGGCUCUAUCCUCGACAUUCGCAAUGCCGCCGCGUGGAUCUGCUACGAGGACUCGCAGCCGGAGCGUCAAGCGCCGGCCAACGGGCCUUCGAACGCCGUCUUCUCGCUGCGCAUGACGAGCCUCAUCCGCAAGGCCUUCCGACACCAGGCCGGGCGGCUCGACGCCGAUCCGCGCGCAAAGGCAGACGUCGAGAUGGACAUGCUGGCCGUGCGCAAGACGCUCGAGGCGAGCAUGCAGCAGGUCGAGCUCUACCCGCCGGGCAACGUGCUGUAUGCCUUUGCGCCGGGAGACCUGGCCGUUGGCGCGAAGGCAGAGCGCCUCUUCCACCUGCGACACGACGGCAAGCGCGAGAAUGUCUUUGGCCAGAUCACGUUCGACCGCAAGAUGCUGAGCUACCACAUGCCGCAAGAGGUCGACCGUGUGCUGCACUCCUUUCCCUCUCUGACGUGA